UGCAGUCAGAGAAGCUUCAAAGCUGACAGACACGCUAGCAGGUUGACGCAAGUUAACAACAUACAGUAUUCAAGAUUUUCUGUCAACCGCAAUUAUGAACACCACAGAAACCAACAAUGUCAUAAAUGCGCAUGAUGACAAAGAUGACAAAGAUGGAGCAGCGGCCAAAAAUGAACCAAUGACCAUUGCAGUGUCUGCAAGCACACUGUUUAACACGAAGGACCAAAAAGAAAGUAAAACCAACGGGGAAACGAUUUUGAAGCUGGGAGUGGCAUUUCCUUUUAUAAAGGCCUUGGUGACAGCAAAUAAACAUUUACAGAAGCUUUACCCUGACAAUGAGAUGCCAUUCAACAUUGUCCUGAUGACUAAUACAGACACACAAGAGCAAUGCCUCAGAGACAGCCUCAGUGAGUUUAGUUUAAGUGAAAUCCGUAUCCGUGAGGAUGACAUCAGCAAACUCGCCGGGAACAUUCUCUACCUCACCGAGGACCCUGAAAAAGCAGAGAAUGCCAUUGAAAUAGGGCAUGCAGCUGCCAUUAUGUUCCCCAAUGACCAGGAAGUGCAAUGGAGCGAUGAAAAACAGCUUCGUGUGGCCUUCGACGGGGAUGGCGUUCUGUUCUCUGAUGAGUCUGAGGUUGUUUUUAAGAAGAAAGGGUUGCAAGCCUACACAGAAAAUGAGGAUGAUUCUGAGGACAUCCCUCUUGCAGAGGGCCCCCUGAGGUGCUUUCUGGCGGCUCUUGGUAACAUGGAGAAAAAAUUCCAUGCCAAGGGUCUGUACAAACCUUGCCCCGUGCAGACCUACCUGGUGACAUCACGCGACCCGGUCAUUUCGGGGACCAGGGCCCUGAAGACCCUGAAGAGCUGGGGCCUGGAGCUCACUCAGGCCUUCUUCUUAUGCGGGAGGCCCAAGGGCCCGCUCUUGCAGACGAUCCGCCCGCACAUCUUCUUCGAUGACCAGAAGCCGCACAUCGACGGAGCACGUAAACUGGGGAUCUUCUCCGCCCACGUGCCUUAUGGGAUAGGAUACGAGACGUACAAGUGUGCCGCCCAAGAAGCCAAAGCAGAAGUGAUAAACUAUGGGGAUAAAUAAAAUUCUAACUUUAAAAUUAAAAUGCACAACAAAGUCAGCAUUAACUGAAGCUGGGCUGUCUUGGGAGGAUGGGCCUAUUUCUAUGUCUUUUCUCUUUUAUAGUACUUCCAUGAAAAAUAGAAGACAGAAACUGACACUAUUU